UCUGAACGAAGGAAUAUCGUUACCACUCAGUCCAUAGAAUUUCUGACCGGCGUGGUUUUUCAGAAUCUCGUGACAGGGUAACAUAGAAGCGAAAACGUCGCAUAACUUCGUCUGCAGUUUUAGCAGGCUCCACUGCCAGUAAGCAGAUCCUUACCCACCACCGCUAAGGUAUCCACGCAAAGCAGGCACAGAAAGGCUCGGAGCCGCCCUGGUUCUGGUACGGAUAGAUCGCCGUCGUUGUCUGCUUUUUUCCUGCUCCUGCCAGUCUAACGACGACGGCCAAUACCUGACCGACAGCUGCCGCUCGGUUGCACCAGUGGCGGUGUGUGUGCGAGAUCCAUUCUUCGGACCGCACAGAACCGAUCAAAUCCGCACAAAUUCAAACCUCAACCGAUUCGCCUCAGUUCCAAUGCCACCACCGCUUCUCCUGCGCCGUGUCUCCGCCCUUCGCCGCAAGUCCUCUCCCCACUGCCGCCUUCCUUCCGCCCUCUCCUCGCUCUCCCCUGUCUCCCAAAGUACCUCUCAACUCACCUCCCCUCAACACCCCUCUGCUCAACCCUCCUCUGGACACCCCCCUUCUCAACCCCCCUCUCCCGCGUCCUACCAUUCUACUCCUUUACUCUUUCCCUGGCCCCACGCGUCCCUCCACGUGUCUGCGUCCCAUUGGCCUUCCUCCGUUCCUGCACUCAACCGGCCACUUGACACGUCAGUAGCAGCCCCAUUGGUCGAUUCUCCCAUCCCGGCUUCCAGCCAAUCAUCAGCGGGCCUUUCAGUGACCUGUCGAAAUGCCAUUGAUCGAUCCUUGCGAAGCCAGUCAGCCAUCAGGUCAUCACAGCCGUUCAUUGGAUUCGCUGUGAACCAAUCACUGUUCAGUCAACCCCGUCUCAACCAAUCACAAUCCCGGUUAAGUACGGCCAAUCAAAACGCAUACAGCUGCUUUCCCAACGCUCGAGGAUUCGCGAGCGACACACUGUUGCCAUUACAAAUCGAGGCGUCUGAUAACAGAACAUCCCAUAGCGAGUCUGCUUACAGCGGAGCAGAAGUGCCUGGCGAGGGCGGGGUUAGCAGCCUGAGCAGCUGGGACCACCAAACAGAACCCCAGGAGGGGAAUUCAGGUGCUCUUGUGGACUCGGCAGCUUUUGAGACGUCUCGAACAUGGGUGGAGUGGGGAGAGCCCCAGGAGGGGGAGUCCGGUGCUCUGCAAGAUGCGGCGGCAGCAGCAGGAGAAGCAGCAGGAGCAGGAGGAGGAGGGGAUGGAGGAGCAGCAGCAGCAGCAGCAGGAGCAGGAGCAGGAGCUGGGUGGUUGGGUAGUUGGGCAUGGCUGGGUGUUCCUGUAGAUGCUGUGACUCAAGCAUUGACUUCGAUACAAGCCAGCACAGGAGCGCCCUGGUGGCUCACUCUUGUUGGCUCCACUCUAGCUCUCCGCCUCUCCCUCUUCCCCCUCACCUGGCAUCAAAUGAAGAUCAGCUCUCAGCUCGCUGCUUUGGGGCCCAAAUUGCCCCCUCCCUUCCCGCUACCUGGCAGCGGCAUGACAUGGUCGCAGGCAUGGGCCUUACGACAAAGGAGGAGGAGGCAGUUACACGCGCCCUCUGCGCUAUGGUUGCUGGCUGCACCUGCUGUGCAGGGGUGGUGGGGGGGGGGGGGGGGGGGGGGGGGGGGGGGGGGGGGGGGGGGGGGGGGGGGGGGGGGGGGGGGGGGGGGGGGGGGGGGGGGGGGGGGGGGGGGGGGGGGGGGGUGUAUGCGUGGCGUGGGGGGGGGGGGGGGGGGGGGGGGGGGGGGGGGGGGGGGGGGGGGGGGGGGGGGGGGGGGGGGGGGGGGGGGGUGUAGUAUGCGUGGCAUCCCCAUCUUCUUCACCUGGAUCUUCACAAUGCGCCACAUGGCAUUGUCGGCACAUCCAGGAUUUGAUGCGGGCGGGUGCCUGUGGUUGGAGGACCUAACAGCGUUCCCUCAGGGCGUGCUGGGGUGGGUCCUUCCUCUCUCCAUUGCCGGGACCUUCCUCACCUCCCUGCAGGUGAUGAUGCCACUGCACAAGAUGGGCGUCAACACAGCGUCAGAGAAGGCCAUGCUGGCCUACCGAACCCUCCUCGAAUUUCUCACUCUCCCAAUUGCAUUUGCUGCGCUCAACGUUCCCCAGGCAGUGCACGUGUACUGGCUCACCAACAACACCUUCACUCUCGCUCAGGCCUUUGCUCUCCGCUCUCCCACCAUCCGCCAAGCGCUCGGCCUGCCCACUAUAGCACAGCUGCAGGACAUGCAGCAGCAGCAUGCUCGCACUGUGGCUGCUGCUGCUGCUGCUUCUGGUGGUAGUGCUACCAGGGGUGUGGCUGCUGCCGACCCGGGAUCCGAUGGUGAUGAUGCCAUUCAAGCAGGUGCAGGCGGUGUGGGGCGUUUGAUGUCGGAGCAAGAGAUUGCGACGCUGACAGACCCGCAUGCGCUUCUGGUCGUGAGUGGUUGGCUAACAGUGACUGCGGUGACUAUCGAGGCAACUCAAAAGGCACAUCUUUUGACUUUUGAGUCGACUCAAAAGUCACCUCAAAAGGCACAUCUUUUGACAUCGCAGUAAGAGAAUGGGACGCUGAUAGACCCGCAUGCGCUGCUUGGCGUGAGUCGGCGGCGGUUGAUUUGAGUUGCUGUUUACGAGGCACACGGACCGCAGCCCGGCUGAUUCUAGCUGGAGCAAGUGAUGGCACGGUUGAUAGACCUGCAUGCGCUGCCUGUGGCAGCAGCCCAACUGAAGGCUUCAGGAAAUGCUGACCUGGCAGCUUCCGCAUUGAGGCGUGCUCUAGAGAUCGAUCAAUCAGCAUCGUCCGCGUGGCUGGGCUUAGGUCAGAUCCACAGUGGUGCCGGGAGAUGGGUGGAGGCUGCAGAGUGCUUUUCCCAGGCCAUAGACCAUUCUAGGAGUAAGGCUGACGUGGCAGUACAGCUGGCAGCACACCUGGGGGCGGGUGUUGCGAUGGCACAACAGAGCCGUCCAUUAGAGGCAAAGGCCCUGCUGCAGGUGGCAGCAGAGACGGAGUUGAAGGGCGAGCAGAAGAGAGACCCCUUGAACAGAAGAAGACAUGCACAGGCCAUGCUGGCCCUGGCAAGCCUCCUGAGCGCAGAGGGCAACCGAAAGGAGGCAAGAAAAUGGGUGUUGGCAGCUGCUGACUACGAUCCCAACGUGCUGGACACGUUUGGCAAAGAGCUUGAGGGGGAGGAGGAGGGAGAGGGGAGACGUUGAAGGGGACACCCACAGCCCAUGGUGGCUCAGAAGGUUGUUAUUGAGAAUUCUUGAAAACACCAAGCAAUAGGGGGAGAGGGGAGACGUUGAAGGGGACACCCACAGCCCAUGGUGGCUCAGAAGGUUGUUAUUGAGAAUUCUUGAAAACACCAAGCAAUAGGGGGAGAGGGGAGACGUUAAAGGGGACUCCCACAGCUCAUGCUGUUGGCUCAGAAGGAGGCGAAGAGGCGGACACGACCCCAACGUGCUGGGCACAUUU